AUGCUUACCCGCACUGCCCUCAUCUCCCUCCUCCCGGCUGUUGUCCGAGCCCUCGCCGAGGUCACCGCCACACCUCUCGGCAGCGGCUGCGAGGUCUACCCAGGCUACGAUGCCUCUACGGGAGUUGCAGGCCCCUGGACCGUCCAGCUCUCCGGGGCUGAGAACACGGCCAUUGAUGGUUUUAGCGACACAGAGCGGUACUCGAUCGCCAUCAACAACGGCAAGCCGACGAUCCGGUGGGGCUCGAUCACUAUCCCCACCCGCAACGAUAUUGCCAAGAACCCCCUCAAGUGCGCCAACAACACUCUCCUCGGCUUGGUACCUACUGAUCUGACCGCCGCCGGAGCACCCACCUCUUACGCCUGGACACCGCUCGUCCUCAGCCCUUACCCCUACGACGCCGCCUUGAUGUGGGGUAUCGAGGGCAAGGCCCCCCAGGUCUACUCCCACAAGGACGCCACUACCGGCGAGGAGAUUGCCGGUACCUUCUUGGGUAACGCCGACGGUGUGACCGCUUGGGGCGUCAAGCACCAAGAUGCAGACCAGGGCUCUCAUGGCCGAGACUAUUACUACCUUCGUCUGCUAGGACCUGGCAGUGAGAACCCCAGCACCGGUGCGCCUCUGGGCGAUGGCGAGACCCAGACCUACCUCAAGAUCUCGGCAUAA